UCUAAAUGUGCUCACCUCAUUACCCUAUCUAUAUACCUUACAAAUCCCAAUGCCCCACCUUAAAUUAACCUCAGCAUAUCCUACCAUUUUGGCACAACCCCAUCUUCUUCUGCCAUGGACUGGUUCUCCUGGCUAUCCAGAACCAGUCUUGACCCUUCCCUCAUCUACGACUAUGGCCUCACUUUUGCCCGCAAUGAGCUUCAAUUGGAAGAUGCUAGCUACUUCAACCAUGAGUUUCUUCAGAGCAUGGGGAUCUCAAUUGCCAAGCACAGGCUAGAGAUUCUCAAGCUUGUCAAGAAGGAAGAAAGUGGAGCAGUACGUCCCAAGAAACUUUCUGGGGUCAUCAAGAAGUGUUUAAGGAAGUGCAUGAACAAGUUUGUUUUCCGUGAAGAUAAUGUAAAGGACAUGCCACUGCCACCGCCACCACCACUGCCACCACCGGUUGAGCCAGAUUGGUAUCAAGGAAAAUGGAAAGGAGCACUGGUGAGGAAGCAGGGAACUGAGGAACUCAUCAAGGAAGAGAAAGAGAUUCGUGUACCCAAGUACAAAAGCAGGACCAUAGCACUUUCAGGACCUUUAGAUGGCAGAGUGCAUGAGAAGAUAGUUAGCAACAAGGCCUUGAAAUUUUCUGGGCCACUUGAUGGAAGGUUGAAUGAGAGAAUGAUGUAUACAAAUAGAAGCCCUUUAAUAUCUAGGACUAUGGAUAUUGGAAGGUUCACAUCCACAGCUAAGAGUCCUAGAGUAUCAGGGUCUCUGGAUACAAGACUUUUGUUUGAGAAUAGAAGUCCAAGAUUUACAAGAACAAGGCCUUUGGAUUCAACAAGGGCUGAGACUGAGAGCCCAAUGGGUUACAGUCCAUACAAUAAGCCCAAAGCUGAUUUUGAUUAUGAUUACGAUGAUGAUGAUGAUCACACACUCUGGCCUACUCUGUUUCAUGAUCUGAAACCAACUUGAUUAUUUUGUGUUUGUUUUCUUUGGCGUGCGCUUCCAUGGUGAGCCACGGUAACACUUUUUUUUUUUUUUAUAUAUAUUCUAUAGUUUA